AUGAAUAAAGAAAAAUCUGUCGAAGGUCCUUCGAUAGAAUUUAAAAUCCAUAAAAUUACGACACCCCAAAAGAGCAAGAAGACUGCGGUUCCUGAUUCGAUUCCAUCUACAGAAACAUCUGAAGCAGCGGUUUCGGUAGAAGCAUCCAGCUCUUCAAACAAAGCAGAUUCACUUACUCUCGAGGAAGUUAUGGAUUCUGAGAAACAUUUAGUGGUGGGUGGUACCCCAUACUCUAUUAUUCGUGAGCCGGUCGAUAUAGCGUCAAUAUCCUGCUCAGUAAAGCCAUUGGCAGGAUGUCCUAUCUAUCCAGCUAUUGAUUUCAGACAAGGUCAGUCGAAAGUGGACUUUGUUCUUUUGAUGAUUUUGAGUACUUGUAUAGAGUGCUGCAGAACUUCAGUGGACUGA